AUAAAAUUUAAAUAACAACAACAACAACAAGAAAGUGUGCGUAGCAACAACAAUAAUAACAGAAAUCCAAAAUUACAAACUUCUAAUGGGCAACUAUUGAAUGGCGGCCAUUAGUGGCCCCAAGCGGCAUCCAUUGAGCAGUCAACACCAUUUCUCCCAUCCAACUACCACCACCACCACCGCCACGAACUGCAGCAGCAGCAUCACCACCACCACAACCACCAACACCAGCAGCAACGGCAACAUCAACAGCACUAACAACAACAGCAAGCAACGACUUUAUAGCUAUCAAACGCCAGCUAAUCCCCAGCACACAGCACUAAGUUACUCCACCACUACCAACACCACCACCACCAACAUCGCCACUGCCACCGCCGCCGUAGCCGCCGUCGCCACCACCACUAAGAAGAGCAACAGCAGCAGCAUCAACAGCUGCCCAAAUUCUUCAGCUGCUGCGCCGCGUAGCUCGAUGAGCGUUUCGAUGUCACUGGUACAGGGUGGUGCUGCCGGUGGUGCGCCACAGGGCGCCAGCGCAAUAUUGGCCGCAGCGGCUCCAUAUUAUCAACCGCCAGCGGUGCCACAGGAUGUCCAGCCGGAUCGUCCAAUUGGCUACGGUGCAUUCGGAGUUGUCUGGUAAGUUUGAUUGAUGCCUUGUUUCCUUUGAGUGUGACGUAAGUUCACAACAAAGUGUUCACAAUUAUAACGGCAUUGGCGAGACACAGCUCUAAGUUCUAGACAAUGUGUCAUGGAUCGUUGGCCAAAAAAA